CGAUUGACAAUCGGUAGUCGAACAGCAGCGUGUUAACAUCAAGUGCCGGAUGCAAAGAUGCAAGCGUGCAGUGGAUGCGGCUUAAAACUGCUAAUAUUACUAUGCGUUUUUUUCGCACUUGUAAUGCAAACAAAUUGUGGGCGUGUGAUAUACUACAAAGAUCAAAACAAUUCUCAAAGCGUGGCUGCCAAUGAGAGCAGCCAAACAUCAGUGGAGAAGAGCAUGCUUUUAGCUGUUAAUCGUGCCCAUUGCAAACACGGUUAUAUGUACGACCAUCGCAAUCGGUGCCGUCGAGUUGUGUGACACUCCGGUUGUCGGGCUCAUAAAUUCAUUAAGGCUUUAUUGUAUGUUAUAGUAUAUGUAGAAUCGACUACUGAACUCUAAUUAUGUGUCAUGAUGAAAUUAUUUUGAAACUUUCUGAACAUUAAAUGACAUUAGUAGAUAAAAAAUAUACAACAAGAGCGAA